AUGACCAUGGUGUUUGCCUUGUUCCACGAGACUGGCUUGAACUUGCGCAGUCCUUUUGGUGCCGACAAGGAUGAAUGCGACUACAGCGCGGAAUCAAUCCUGAUCAUCGGUGGCGGGUCUGCUACAGGCAACUUUGGCGUGCAGCUGGCCCGGUUAGCGAAGUUUGGAAACAUCAUUGUGGUGGCAUCGAAAGCAAGAGAGGCCCAGCUGAAGGGUCUUGGCGCCACGACUGUUAUUGAUCGCGCCCUGGACGAAUCUCAGAUUGAGAAGCAGAUCAGGGACGUGGUCGGAGAUGAUCUGGUUUUCGCUGUGGACUGCGUCGGGCGCGGCCCAGGUGGGCAGACAUUGGGCGUCCAGGCUCUUUCCAGCCACAAGAGAGGGGUUUUGGCCGCGUUGAUCAAGCUAGGCGACGUCGACGAGUCUCGGAUCGGGUCAAAGUCUGCUGGCUACGUUCGGAACCAAGUGUUGUGUCACACGACGAAAUACCCGCAUAUUACGAAGGAAUUUUGGGGUGUGCUGCCAAAUCUGAUCGAAAAUGGUACCCUGCGGCCGACGACCUUUCAGGUUGUGGACGGUCUGGACGUUGAGACGGUCGACACUUUCCUCGACAACUACAGCCGCGGUCUUGGACAAACCAAACCUCACUUCCACUUAGGGAAUACCUUCGAACAGUGA